GUUUCUUACCCUUCCUGCUGCUGGGAGCUCCAAGCAGGGCCAUGCCGUGGCUUCUCAGCAAGAAGCGACGGCAGUCGCCCUCCAGCAGCCCCAGUGGGCAGCCCUGGGCUGCCACCAGCUCCAGCAGCACCUCCCAGCUCCGGGAGGAGGGGCUGGGCAGGCUGCACCGCGCGGCCGCCCGCGGCGACCUGGGCUGGCUGAGGCACUGGCGCUGGUACGUCAAGGUAGUCGGCAUCGACAGGCCAGACCAGGAGAUGCGGACACCUCUGCAUCUGGCUUCGGCCAAUGGCCAUGCAGAUGUCGUCAGAUAUCUGCUAAGAAAGAACAGCCAGCCCAACCUCGCUGACAGCUUCAAGAGAACAGCCCUGAUGAAGGCAGUCCAGCAGGAGCAGGAAGAAUGUGUUGCUGUUCUGCUGGAACACGGUGCCGACCCCAAUCUGGCAGACGCUGACGGCAACACUGCCCUUCACCUGGCUGUCCUCUCUAAAAACACAGCUGUAGCAGGGCUGUUACUGGAUCUGCAAGUGUGA